CACGAAGAAGAACCGCAGACAGGCAGGGCUUUGAGUUACAACGGCUUUAACAUUUCGGUCACAGGGGAUAAACAAAGCUGUGUGCCUUCAGUCCAGCAUAUGGGGAAAUAAAUAAUCACAUUUCGACGAGAAAAGGAGCAAAACACUAAAACACCGUUUGGACCGGAAUCAGAACAGACAGCCUAACAUCUUAUUUCUUAUUUCAUCGAAGACAAAUGUGUUUGAGUCAUGGAUCAAGGUCUUGUGGACAGUCCCGUUAUCCUUGUCAUCAGGGCCCCAAACCAAAAAUACAAUGACCAGACCAUCAACUGUUACCAGAACUGGACUGUGGAGAAACUCAAAGCCCACCUGUCUGAUGUUUAUCCCAGUAAACCUAGCUCCAAAGACCAGAGGCUGGUGUAUUCAGGAAAACUACUUUUGGAUCACUUCACCUUGAAAGAUGUGCUCAGGAAGCAGGAUGAGUACCAUAUGCUCCAUCUGGUGUGUGCCUCCAGAACCCCUCCCAGCUCCCCGAAGCCUCCCCGCAGCUGCAGUAACAAGUCUCAGGAGAGCGCAACAAGUCCCACGGCCUCUCAACGUUCUAAUAGUCUUAAUGGACAGGUGUCUACAGCAGGGAGCAGUGAUGGGAUGAGGCAGCAGGCUGGAGCUCCUCCUUAUCACCAGAUGUACUCACAGUUCAUGCAGAGCUGGAGUCAGAACUCGAUGAACGCCCCCCCGACGGGCAUGCCCACUUACUACAACCCCCUGACACUAAUGUGGUGGCAGCAGCUGUACUUCAGACAAUACUACAUGCAUUAUCAGUUACUGGCCGCCUCCUCCCAGCACCUCCAGCCCGACCAGCCCAAUUCAACUCAAUCCAAUCAGUCUGAUCCUCUGAGCCGGCGGCCGCAAGCGGGUCGCCACGGCAACCCGGAAGUCCAGAUGAACGCCCAGGGAGGGGAGAUCCUGAACGAGGAGGAGCUCAACAGGGACUGGCUGGACUGGGUGUACACGUUUUCACGAGCUGCCAUUUUACUGAGUAUAGUUUACUUCUACUCAUCCUUCAGCCGCUUCAUCAUGGUGAUGAUGGCCAUGCUGGUGCUCUACCUGCACCAGGCUGGCUGGUUCCCCUUUAACCUGGAGAACGACCUGCAGCUGCCUGGAGACCGGCCCAAUCAGGAGGACGAGGAGGCGGAGCCACAAAACCAAGAUGCACAAGAAAUGGAAGGGGUGAGUGACGAGACCUCAGACGACGACGAUGGAGAAAGUGGAGAGGAAGGUGCGGAGGAUCCCAACAGCGGCCCUAACGCAGGCUUCCUGUCCUCCACCUGGUCAUUUAUCAUAACGUUCUUCAUGUCCCUCAUCCCAGAAGGGCCACAGAACGCCGCUAACUGAACGCUGGGCGCCACGAGCUGCUGCAGAUCUCGGAGGAGGGCGACUUCAGUCAGUUUCCCCACACGUCUGCUUUUGAGCCAAACUUAAGACGUUCAGUUUUUAAUUUUUGUAGGUUUGGUUGUCUGUAUCCUGAACAACAUUUCAAAUUGUCAAAUGACACAAAUUUAAACCCACGUACUGAAAUGGCUAUAAAUUUCUUGUCAAGAGAAAUGGCAUUUAUUAUGGGAGGAGGACAACAGCUCAGUUUGACAACUUGUUUUUGUAAUGAGCAGCAAUAUUUGUUGAAAAGAUUCAGCUUCUGGUUGUGAGUACACCAGUAUAAGACACUUUAAAACAGACACUUUAACACAAAUAUUAACUCUGAAUAAGAAUGAAUCGUGUCGCACUUAUUCUAUAUGAAACUGCAUUAAGUGUGUGUUGUGCUAACCCAAUGUGGUUUAAGGAUUUAUUAUUUCUUUGAUCAAACUGACUUUGAGCUACAGAGACAGCUAACAGUGUAAAAUACACAUUUCACCAUUUGACAGAGAUUUUUUUUUAAGUAUAUGUAUGUAUAUAAAAAUGUUCCUACAGUUAAAAUAUGCACUGCCAAAAUGCAGAAAUCAUGACAAACUGAUCUGUUAAGCUUUUGGAAAUGACUGCUGCUGUUACUAACAUGUAAAAAAAAAAAAAAAAGAAUUUUCUUCAUGUUUAUUAAAACUGCAUCAUGUGUAA